AUGGCGACGGCGACGGUGCCAUCACCAACGGCAGUGAGCGGUGGAGGGACGGCGAUUAAUAAUGUGUCAUUGUACGUGGGUGAUCUGGACAAGAAUGUGGGCGAAUCACAACUCUACGAUUUGUUUAGCCGGGUGGGGCAAGUGAUGACGAUUAAGGUUUGUAGGGAUCUCAUCCGCAACACAUCUCUCGGUUAUGCCUAUGUCAAUUUCACUAAUCCACAAGAUGCUGCUCAUGCCCGGGACGUUCUAAAUUUUACUAAUGUCAAUGGAAAACCGAUCAGGAUUAUGUAUUCUCAAAGAGAUCCUAGCAUGCGGAAGUGUGGAUUUGCUAAUGUUUUUAUCAAAAACUUAGACAAAUCAAUUGAUAACAAAGCUUUGCUGGAAACCUUCACAGCCUUUGGUACAGUGCUUUCGUGCAAAGUUGCUCUUGACAGCAACGGAAAAUCACGAGGGUUUGGCUUUGUUCAGUUUGACCAGGAGGAAUCUGCUCAAUCUGCAAUUAAACAGUUGAAUGGCAUGUUAAUGAAUGAUAAACAAGUUUAUGUUGGUUUUUUUAUCCGUAAACAAGAUAGGUGUCGGACUAGUGGCUCGCAGAAGUUCACUAAUGUGUAUGUUAAGAAUCUCCCGGAUACAGUUUCAGAUGAGGACUUUAAGAAUAUGUUUGAGAAGUAUGGUCUUAUUACCAGUGCAGUUGUAAUGAAAGAUGCUGAUGGGAAGUCUAGAUGUUUUGGGUUUGUGAAUUUUCAGAAUCCAGAUAAUGCUUCCGCUGCGGUUGAAAAUAUGAAUGGAUUUUUAUGUAAUGAGAAAGUUUUGUAUGUUGGAAGGGCUCAAAGGAAGAGCGAAAGGGAAGCUGAACUGAGAGCUAAGUUUGAACAAGAAAGAAUUAGUCGAUUUGAAAAGCUUAAAGGGGCAAAUUUGUAUUUAAAGAAUCUUAAUGAUACUAUCAAUGAGGAGAAGCUGAAGGAUUUAUUUUCUAAGUUUGGAACCAUAACAUCUUGCAAGGUAAAUCUUGAUCCUCAAGGGAUAAGCAAAGGUUCUGGGUUUGUGGCCUUUUCUAGCCCUGAUGAUGCAGCAAUGGCUUUGAAUGAAAUGAAUGGAACUAUGGUUGAAAGAAAGCCUUUGUAUGUUGCUGUUGCCCAUCGAAAAGAUGAAAGGAGAGCUCACCUUCAGGCACAAUUUGCUCAAAUACGAGCUCCUGGUACAUUGGCAACUUUGCCUGGGGGAAUGCCUGGGUUCCAUCCUGGGCCACCGAGGCAUCCUCAGCAGUCUCUAUAUUUUGGCCACGGUACCCCUGCCUUGAUACCCCCUCAACUUACUGGGUAUGGUUUCCAACAACAACUUGUGCCAGGAAUUCGUCCUGGUGUGCCCCAAAAUUUUGUUAUCCCACCAUAUCAAUUCCUAAGGCAAGGACCAUCGGAACAGAGGAUGGGUCAAAGAAGAAAUGGAAAUGCUCAGCACAUGCAGCAGCAGUGGAUGCCACGGAAUGCCAAUAAUGGCUUCAGCAGAUACAUGGCAAAUGGGAGGAGUGGUGACGCAACUGUGGUUCCUCAAGCUGUUAUGGGCCAGAUGAUGCCAUUGCCUAUUGAUGGGUCUAUAAGAGCACCUCUUGAUUCCCAGCAUGCUGGUCCAGUGCCAAAGCCGACAACACUUGCUUCAGCUCUAGCUUCUGCUAAUCCUGCAAAUCAAAGAGUGAUGUUAGGGGAACAUAUAUAUCCUCUUGUACAAUGUUUAGAGAAUGAGCAUGCAGGAAAAGUUACUGGUAUGUUGUUGGAGAUGGACCAAACGGAGGUGCUUCAUCUCAUUGAAUCCCCAGACGCAUUAAAGAAAAAGGUUGCCGAGGCAAUGGAUGUUCUCCGUGUAGCAAACACUGCAGCAGCUUCUGAUGUUGCUGAGAUUUCUUCUUGACAAAAUGAGUGGAAUCUCAUGGUUACUGAUCUCUAUA